AUGAGCCUCCGACUGUCGGUGGACCACAAUAAAUAACAACAUCAAUAUGCAGAAAGUUCGGUGUUAUAAAAUCGUAAAAAAUAAAUUAAAUUUUCUGCGUUGCUGUUCAAGCGUAGCGGCAAAGAAGCCAGAGUACACCGCUACAAUAAAUUUACCGAAAACCAAAUUUCCAAUCAAAUUAAAAGCCAAGGAACAGCCCGAAGUUGAACGGAAAAUUAAUGAGGAUUGCUUUAAACAUUUGUACCAAUGGCAACGGAAGCAUCUCGACGGCACAGAAUUUGUUUUACACGAUGGCCCACCGUAUGCGAACGGCGAUUUGCAUAUGGGACAUGCAGUGAAUAAGAUAUUGAAAGACAUAAUUUUGCGUGGGAAUAUUAUCAAUGGCAGGAAGGUUCACUAUGUACCUGGUUGGGAUUGUCACGGUCUUCCAAUCGAGCUCAAAGCGAUGGAAAAUGAUAAAAGCAAAUCCGACUCAUUGGGAAUACGACAUAAAGCCCGAAAUUUUGCUCUACAAGCAUUGGAUAAGCAAAAGGCUGAAUUCGCCUCUUGGGGCGUUACGGCUGAUUGGACGGAUACGAUUUACCGGACGCUCGAUCCACCGUACAUUAAAAAUCAAAUGAAAAUAUUUCACGAGCUCUACGAACGGAAGCUAGUCUAUCGCGACCUGAAACCGGUCUACUGGUCACCGUCAUCGAAAACAGCUUUGGCCGAGGCUGAAUUGGAAUAUAAUCCCAAAUAUCCGGUGCAGUCACUUCUUCUUCGUUUGAAGAUGCUCAAACAUCCAAAAUCGAUUCAAACUACCGAGAAUGUGUACGCUUUGAUUUGGACGACGACACCAUGGAGCAUACCAUCCAACCAGGCGAUUUGCUUUCAUCCUGACCUCGAGUACUGUGCUGCUAAAUUGCACGACCGGGACGGUUUGUACAUUGCAGCCAAAUCGCUAAUAGAAAGUGUUCCGCAUUUCGAUCGUGUGGUCGUUAGCUUUUCUGGAGACGAACUCAAUGAGUGUUCGUACUAUCAUCCAAUAAACGGUGAUAAUGUGAUGUCACUCUAUCCCGGACAGCAUGUCCUCGGCGAUAAAGGGACAGGUUUAGUGCACAUCGCUCCAGCUCAUGGGCCCGACGAUUUUGUGAUAGCUUUAAAGCACAAAAUUGCACCGAUUUGUUUUGUGGACGAGGAAGGCAAUUAUACAGCCGAUGCGCCGGAAUUUUUACGCUCAAAAUCAGCUCUACGGGAUGGACCUGAUCUAGUUCUGAAUCAUAUAGCCGACAAUGUGAUUGAUUCACAGAAGACUUUCAUCAAUUAUCCGAUGGAUUGGCGAACAAAAGAACCGAUUAUCAUCCGGACUAGUAAACAGUGGUUCAUAAACACGGAUCGAAUCAAAGAGAGUGCACUGCAAGAGGUCGCCAAUGUAAAGAUUUAUCCGCCAAGUUUGGACGAAGCCAAUCGGAAUAAUUUAACGAAUCAACUGAAGAGACGCCCGUAUUGGUGCAUAUCUCGACAGCGAGUGUGGGGAACGCCGAUACCAGUAUUCUAUACCAAAGAUACGGGAACCGAGAUCGUAGACAAAGACAUCAUUGACCAUUUGUGUGGUCUGUUGGAAGCGGAAGGAAACAUGGAUUUUUGGUGGAAGAAAACCGUUACCGAAAUGAUUCCACAACAUGUCUGGACCAAACUUAACAUUGAUCCGAACAAUGUUGUCAAGGGACAGGACAUUUUAGACAUUUGGUUUGACUCUGGUAUUUCAUGGAUGUCGGUACUGAAUCCGCCGAAAGUUGCUGACUUAUACUUGGAAGGUGUUGAUCAAUUUACCGGAUGGUUUCAAUCGUCGUUGAUGACUAGCGUUGCUCUGCGCGGACACGCUCCAUUUAAAUCAAUAUUUGCGCACGGAUUCACAGUGGACAAAAAAGGUCACAAAAUGUCGAAAUCAUUGGGGAACGUAAUUCAUCCGAAAGAUGUAGUGACCAAAUACGGUGUCGACACGUUGCGUUGGUUCGUUGCAGCACACAGUUCUCAGCAUUCUUCAAUCGUUGUCAGUGAUGGUACGCUUCAGAGCGAUUGCGAUAGCAUUCAACGAUUGAGAAAGGUUUUACGGUUCAUGGUCGGAUGUUUGGAGACCGAACGAACGGCGAACGAUCUGAAUUUUGACACAACGAACCUGUACAUUUUGGACAAAUUCAUGUUGAACGAGUUGUUGGAAUUCGACGACAAAGUGACCGAGGCACACAAGUCUUACCAGUUCAAUCAUGUAAUCGCGACCACAUUGGAUUUUGUAGCCAAUCAAUUGUCUGCUACGUACAUCAAUCUAUUUAGAGAUCGCUAUUAUUGUGGAUCGAAGCAACAGCGAGAUGAUGCUCGAAAUGUGAUUCGAUCUGCGUUCUAUGUGUUGAGCAAAGCACUGUGGCCGAUUAUGCCGUUUACGGUUGAAGAGUGUUGGAGUUAUCAUGAUAAAAAUCCAUUCUACCAGUUCAAAGUUGACAUCCCAGCCCAAUGGAAGGAUCCAAAAUACAAACAAAUGUGGAAAGUGUGUCUCGAUUGCAAAGAGAUUUUACGUCAGUACGCACCCGACCAGAAAAUUUGGUCGCAAAGCCUUCAGAUUUCCGCGUCAAUGCAUAACAUUCGCUUGCUGCAGUAUAUGCACUACACUCUGUUGGAACCGGAAGAAUCGUCAGAACUAUGUGAACUUUUGCAAGUUCAAUCAAUAACAUUGUCUCCGAACGAAAAUCAUGAGUUCAUCACCAUGUCAACAAAGACUAUUGAAAACUCGUUGUGUCCAAGGUGUCGCCGGUUUGCGCUGAACGGUGGGGAGACUGUUUGCCAACGAUGUGAGGAAGUGAUGUUGGAGAAUGCAUCAGUAAAUUAAAGUUUUAGUUUUGACACCGUGUCACGUUAAAAAGUU